AAUUAUACCUGACACACGCAGACACAGCCCCAUUGUAGCAUACCUAGCUAGCUGCCGGUGAGUGACCACCGCAACAGCGCCCCUCCACUGUUGCCACUGGCGGCGUACUCGCAGCGCAUUGUCGCGGCGAUGGCAGCGUCGUCCUCGUCCUCGCCGUCGUCGCGGGCGAGGUGGCUGGCGUGCGUUGUGGUGCUGUUGGCGCUGCUGCUGCUGGCCGGGCCGGGCGACGUGGACGCCGGCCGGCACGGGCACGGGCGCGGGCGCGUGGAGCACAGGCACACCAAGGGCCUGAGGCCGGGGAAGGCUGCUGCUGCGGCGGCGAGGCCCUACCCGGCGAACGCGACGGCGGUGGAGACGAUCGAGCGGCGGUUCACGCGGUGGGUGCAUUUCAUGGGCGCGCUCGAACACAGCGUGUUCCAGCGGGCGCUCAACCGCGCGCUGCUCCCCACGACGCGCACGAUCGUCGUGGACAGGACGCCCGGGGCCGGCGACUUCAGCACCAUACAGGGCGCCGUCGACUCGCUCCCGAUCAUCAACCUCGCUCGCGUCGUCAUCAAGGUCAAUGCCGGCACCUACACGGAGAAGGUGAGCAUCUCGCCGCUGCGCGCGUUCGUGACGGUGGAGGGCGCGGGCGCGGACCGGACGGUGGUGCAGUGGGGCGACACGGCGGACACGGCCGGGCCAUGGGGCCGCCCCUUCGGCACCUUCGCCUCCGCCACCUUCGCCGUCAACUCGCAGUUCUUCGUCGCCAAGAACAUCACCUUCAAGAACACGGCGCCGGUGCCUCGGGCGGGCGCGCUGGGGAAGCAAGGGGUGGCGCUGCGGAUAUCGGCGGACAACGCGGCGUUCGUGGGGUGCAACUUCCUGGGCGCGCAGGACACGCUGUAUGACCACCUGGGCCGCCACUACUACAAGGACUGCUACAUCGAGGGCUCCGUCGACUUCAUCUUCGGCAACGCCCUCUCCCUCUACGAGGGCUGCCACGUGCACGCGAUCUCGCCGCACUACGGCGCGCUGACGGCGCAGAACCGGCGGAGCAUGCUGGACGACACGGGGUUCUCCUUCCUCAACUGCCGGGUGACGGGGUCGGGGGCGCUCUACCUCGGCCGCGCAUGGGGCACCUUCUCCCGCGUCGUCUUCGCCUACACCUACAUGGACAACAUCAUCAUCCCCCGCGGCUGGUACAACUGGGGCGACCCCACGCGCGAGAUGACGGUGUUCUACGGGCAGUACAAGUGCUCGGGGCCGGGGGCGAACCACGCCGGCAGGGUGGACUGGUCCCGGGAGCUCACCGACGAGGAGGCCAAGCCAUUCAUCUCCCUCAGCUUCAUCGACGGCCUCGAGUGGCUCAGGUUGUAGCAGCGGAUGGUCGGAUCCAGGGCGUCCGCAGGUUACUGACUUAGUAGCAGGGUGACUUGAUUCGGCUGCAGCAUUUGCAGCUGGGUUCAUGACGAGCUACCACGGCUGUCUCCGGCCUCCGGCUCUUUUCUCUUUUCUUUUCUUUUCUUUUCUUCUCGUUUGGUUUUAGAGGGAAGUGAGUGAGUGAGUCGCAUCGGUUCGUUUUUAACUGCUGUGAGUUCUGACGAAGAGAGCAAACGGUAACAUGAGUCCUGUGUCCUCUGUUUGCCGAGGCAAGUAGACAGAAAACACGAAUGAAAAGUACUGUAUUGAAUUA